GUGCGCCCGCUUGUGCUGACUGAAGGUGACGGCGGCGCUUGUCAGGUCUCUGCUCGUCGUGGCAGCUGAGGAGAUUUUCAGGGUUGUUGCUGCUGCUGCUGCUGCUGCAGCCGGCUCGAGGGCGAAGAUGUUGGGUGGACUGCAGGUGCCGAGGACGCUUCGGGCGCUAACAUAUGCAAGGCGGGGUUAUUCAUCUCAGCGUGGUUUAAAUGAGGUAGUCAUUGUAAGUGCUGUCCGGACACCCAUUGGAUCUUUCCAAGGAUCCCUUUUCUCACAACCAGCCACUAAACUUGGUUCCAUUGCAAUUAAAGGAGCAAUAGAAAGAGCAGGUAUCCCUACACAAGAAGUGAAAGAGGUAUACAUGGGUAAUGUUAUCCAGGCUGGGCAAGGACAAGCUCCGGCAAGACAAGCAACCCUUGGUGCAGGUUUACCAGUUUCUACUCCUUGCACAACUGUCAACAAAGUUUGUGCUUCUGGAAUGAAAUCUAUUAUGAUGGCAGCACAGAGCCUGAUGUGUGGGAGUCAGGAUGUGAUGGUGGCUGGUGGAAUGGAGAGCAUGUCUAAUGUACCCUAUACAAUGGUCAGAGGAGCAACGCCUUAUGGAGGAGUAAAGCUUGAAGACUUAAUUGUAAAAGAUGGCUUGACAGAUGUUUACAACAAAAUCCACAUGGGUAAUUGUGCUGAAAAUACUGCUAAGAAGUUUUCUAUAUCCCGGGACGAUCAAGAUGCAUUUGCUAUAAAAUCUUAUACAAAAAGCAAAGAAGGUUGGGCCUCUGGAGUUUUUGCAAAGGAAAUUGUACCUGUUACUGUUUCUCAGAAAGGGAAACCAGACACAGAGGUCAAAGAAGACGAGGAAUACAAGCGUGUUGACUUUGCUAAAGUUCCAAAGCUGAAGGCAGUCUUUCAAAAAGAAAAUGGAACAGUAACUGCUGCCAAUGCCAGUACCCUGAAUGAUGGAGCAGCUGCUUUGGUUCUGAUGACAUCAGAAGCAGCCAAGCGACUGAAUGCUAAACCAUUGGCUAGGGUAGUAGCUUUUGCGGAUGCUGCUGUUGAUCCUAUUGACUUCCCGAUUGCACCAGCACAUGCUGUUCCUAAGAUACUUAAUCAGACAGGACUCAAAAAGGAAGAUAUUAAAAUGUGGGAAAUCAAUGAAGCAUUCAGUGUUGUGGUCCUAGCAAAUAUUAAAAUGCUAGAUAUUGAUCCGGAGAAGGUGAACAUUCACGGAGGAGCGGUCUCUUUGGGACAUCCAAUUGGGAUGUCUGGAGCAAGAAUUGUUGUUCACAUGGCUCAUGCAUUGAAGCAGGGAGAACACGGCCUUGCUGGAAUUUGCAAUGGAGGAGGAGGAGCGUCUGCAAUACUGAUCCAAAAGUUGUAGGCUCUAACAUCAAGCCUUAAGACUCAAACGAUCAAACAGCUGUUACAAUUAUUUAUGGAAUUGCCCUUAGAACUCAGUUUAUCAGUGUUUAAAAGAAACUAAAUGAGAUUUUUUUUAACCGUAGCAGGCUUCAAUACAUGUGGUUUUUAUACCAUAGGGACUAUAAAACAUGUUGGCUAAACUCCCAAUCAAAGACAAUAAAGAAUGUAUACGUCA